AUGUGGUCAGCGCCCAGACAGCGAGCUUUGUCAGCGUCCGGCCCAUCGGCACAAUCCCGCGCACCAACGGCCGCUGCCAUUCUGCCUUCUUUGGCCCACAAUCUAUUGCCAUUGCCUCUUACGAGUGAAAACUGCGUUGGGAUGUGCAAGGAGAGAGUGGAUGCCACCCCAGGCAUAGAUUGUGAUCGAAGGUUGACCGCUGGCAACGUUGUUCACACGUUGGGUGGCAAACAGGCAGGAUUGCUUGGUCGCCACCCUCGCGGGAAACAACCGUUGGAAAGGAUGAGCUGGCCUUUUGAUAUUCAUGCCGGUCGUAAAACUCACGAUUCAGUCGAAGGGGAAGUGAUGAAGAGAGAAGAAGAAGUGGAAGCAGUACUCUACUCCGAUGGUGCAGUACGCGAUGAUGGCUGUGCACCCGAUGCCAAGGCGGUCAGAACUGCUGUAGCCCCAAGAGACCGUGGGUGGCAACAUCUCCCCACGUCCCCCGCCCUAACUCCUGAAGUCGUUCGAGGCCCCAGCUCGGCUUCGACGUCAUGGCAUCACGGCCUAGGCCGAUAA